AUGUCUUCAUCCACACGAGAAGAGUAUCGCCAGCAUUCGAGGAGUAGUUCAGAUACGCAUAUCCCAGAUCUAGAGAAGGGCGACGCGAGACCUGACAAAGAAGAAGAAGAGAUCAUCGAAGAGAAACGACCGCAAGAAACGAACGAUGAGAUUGGCGCAGAUCUCGAAAAGCACCUGUCAAGGAAGAGCACGAAGAAAGACCAGCUCGCACCUGAGAAGUACCCGCUGUCCGACCUCGACAACAAUCUAGUCGGCUGGGAUUCGCAAGACGAUCCAGCCAACCCUCGCAACUUCACAACAAAGAGAAAGAUCACACUUCUCGGCUUGGUCGCUGCCAUCACCUUUGUCAGUCCACUUGCCUCCUCCAUCUUCGCACCUGGCAUACCAUUCGUCAAUGCGGAUUUUGGAAACACAUCGCAGCUUCUCGGUUCUUUUUCUGUCAGUGUCUACGUGCUCGGUUUCGCUUUCGGCCCGCUCUUCUUGAGUCCGCUUUCAGAAAUCUACGGAAGAUGGAUCGUGCUCAACUGCUCCAAUGUCUUCUUCUGCGCCUUCACUAUCGGCUGCGCACUUGCGCCUAACCUUGGUGGCCUCAUCGGCAUGCGAUUUCUCGCUGGUGUCGGAGGCAGCGCGUGUCUGACAAUCGGUACUGGUGUCAUUGCCGACAUGUUUGUCCCUGCGCAACGUGGAAAAGCUGUAUCCAUCUACAGUAUGGGCAUUCUUUUCGGCCCUAUCCUCGGUCCCAUCUGCGGUGGUUUCAUUGCGCAACGUGCUGGCUGGCGCUGGGACAUGUGGGUUGUCCUCAUCGUUGGCGGCCUCUUGACCGGAGCUCUGUUCGUUUUCAACCGCGAGACGUACCACGCUGUGCUGCUCAACCGCAAAACGGAGCGUUUGAGGAAGGAGUUGAACCGUCCUGAGCUUCAGAACAUCAUGACGUACCAGAAAGACGCUGCUAUUCUCAGUCCUCUCGCUAUCCUCGGAAACGGCAUCACACGCCCGCUCAAGAUGCUGACCAGGUCACCCAUUGUGCUGCUCUGCUCACUCUACAUGUCAUUCCUCUUCGGACUGCUGUUCCUCCUCUUCACUACCAUCACAUCCGUCUUCGUCCAGACGUAUGGCUGGUCUCCCGAAAUCACCGGUCUCGCAUACUUGGGUGUCGGAAUUGGCAACUUCAUGGGCAUCGCUUUCGUAGCCAAGACGAGCGAUGCGACGAUCAUCCGACUUGCGAAGAAGAACAAGGGCGUCUACGAGCCAGAGAUGCGACUUCCGCUCUGUGUCUUCUUCGGAACCCUGAUUCCAAUCUCUUUCUUCAUAUAUGGCUGGACAACUCACUACCAUGUGCACUGGAUCGUACCCAUCAUCUCCCUCGUCCCCUUUGGUUUCGGCCUCAUGGGUAUCUUCGCGCCGUUGCAGACAUACAUGAUCGAUUGCUUCCCUCAAUUCGCCGCGUCUGCCAUCGCUGGUAUGACAGCCCUGCGUUGUCUUUUCGGCGCACUGCUUCCGCUUGCUGGACCGACCAUGUACGAAUCGUUGGGUUUGGGAUGGGGAAACAGUUUGCUGGGUUUCUUGGCCGUGGCUUUCAUACCUGUGCCGGCGCUGUUGUUCAGGUACGGAAAAGUAAUUCGGGAGAAGUAUCCUAUCAAGUUUUAUCCGGCACCUAGCAAGGAUGACGUCCUGCCCCUCAUACCUCAACAUACUCCUACUUUGAGACGGCAGGCUGAGAUUCAAGACGCCAACAGCCUCAUAUCUCAGUAUUACCCCGUUCAGCCUGACCAUGUCGGAGCGCUUGUGAUCUUGAGGAUCCUUCGCUGCCUGUUAACCGUCACAUCUUCCCACUUUCCUUCGAGGACCGUCGCUUCUCGCACCGCCAGUCGCGCUGAUCAGCGAAGUAUCACAACACGUGAACAAGCGAUGGAACCAAACUCGCUCAGUCUGGAGUCUCCUAGCUGUUUGUACAACUACCGAGAACUUCGGCAAAACCAGAUACGCCUCCUCUCUACAAAAUGUAUCGACGGGUCCGUUGAGAUAGAGAUCAACAAGUACACACUUACCGAGGACCUUGACUACGAUGCAAUCUCGUAUGUCUGGGGAAGUGCACCAGCCUUAGUCACAGUCAAAUGUAACGGCGAGACUCUCGUCGUCACAUCCACUGCACUUGAGAUGUUGAAUUACCUACACCAGUACCAAAAGAAUACAACAACCCGAAAGAUAUGGAUCGACGCUAUAUGCAUCAAUCAAGAAGAUGAGGAAGAGAAAGGUACUCAGAUACCGCUGAUGCGCGAAAUCUACUCCAGAGCAAAGGCUGUUGUUGUAUGGAUGGGCCUUUCAACUCCGGAAACUAAUAUCUUCUUCGCCGAAUUCCAAGAGAUGAGGGCCAAAUUGAAGACGUGGAAAGCGAAGUAUGAUGCAGAUCCCGAAUGCCCUAGCCCAGACGUAGAAGAGCGUCCUCGUCAUGGAGACGCAUUUUGGGGAGGACUAAGUCAGCUCCUUGGAAAUGAAUGGUUCAGGCGUCUAUGGACAUUCCAGGAGAUUAUUCUUCCAGGUACUGCAACAUUACUUUGUGGUAAUCUUCGGACGGACUUCGAUGAGUUUUUACACUUUCUCGAUGACGGAUGGUUCGACAGCACCUAUUUCGUAACGGUAUCAACGAUCGCAUUCGGUACAAACGAUGAUCUCGCGUCGCGUAGCUGCCAUUCCAUCAGAUUCUAUCGAGACUGGAACGAUGGAAAUGGGGGCGCCAGGGAGAUUUAUGCCCAUAACGUUGGAGUGGAAUUGUACAAGCUACGUGACCGACGUGUGAAAGAGCCCAUCGAUCGUGUUUGGGCGAUAGUAGGACUUUUGCAAGGAAAUCUUAGAGACAGGUUAAGCUCAUGGGUUGACUACAGUGCUAAAGGUCGGGAUGAAUAUUGGAAGACGUGGAUUAUGUUUGCCAAAGCUCUGAUGGAGGAGCCUGGUGGGAUGAGUUUACUUGAAGUACCGCCUACUCGAGAACCUAAACCUCCACACUUGCCAUCCUGGUGUCCAAAUCUAUCUGGAACAUCAGCUUGCAUGAUGGCCAUUGAUAGGCUGUGGAACUAUCCGACGUACGAACGAGAUUCAUGCAUCCAUUGGGCUUUUCUCGAAGAAAACGGAGAAGAGAAGUCACAAGCAAGACGGGAAGCGAUCUCAGACCAUGAAAGAAAGUUCGUAAGCACUGUGAUGCAUGACAACAUGCUUCGCGUCCGUGGCUUUGUGGUGGACACAAUUGGAGAGAUUGCGGAACAUGAUAACCCUCUUGACAUGGCAUACAAUGACUACGACCCGGAUGCGAAAGAGCACAUGGCUUCAUAUGAUGUUGCUGUCGGUUGCCAUUUGAGAAGUCUCGAACUAGCUCGCCGCGUCUUUUAUGGGAAGAGCGAAGGCGUUCCUGACAUCCCAGAUAAUUUCAUUAUGUCCUUGUUCUUGGACUCGCGAACCACUGAAAGAGCUAAGGAUACAUACAGUAAAAUCCUGCCUAAAUUGAAGACAUGGCAUUCCAAUACCACUCUUCGGAGUUGGGAGGAGGCGCAGUGCGAACGUAGGCUUACUCAGAUGCGUGGAUACACCUUUUUCAGCACAACAGGCGGUCGGAUUGGAUACGCCCACCCGGGAUGUCGAUCAGGGGAUCGAAUCGCUGUGUUCUAUGGUGGAGAACCACUGUAUAUCCUUCGAGGUCUAGACACCAAGAGUGAUGGAGAUGAUGCGACUAGAGGGGUAUCCAACCACGUUCAGUACCUGGGCGCGGCAUUUAUUCCUCACCUCAUGGAACAACAUCAAAGAGAUGCUGCACACAUCGGACCGGACACCACGUUCUUCAUUCAUUGA